AUGGCGCCCUCCCCCUACGCCGGCCACCCCUCCCGAGGGGACAGCUGGUUCGCCCCCCUCUCCAUCGACCUGAUCGUCAAAGUCUUCAAAACCACCUUCUUCCACCCCUUCAUCGCCUGGAUCAUCCCCCUUUGCUUCCGCGCACAAAACAUGCACUGGGACGCGCCCCCCAUGCUCGUCUCCUUCGCCUGGGCCGGCGCCAUCACCCUGAUCUGGAUGGCUGGCGUGAUUAACGACCGUCUCGCCUUUGGCCUCCCUCGUGAGGUGGACCUCAGCGAGGAGGUCAUUGUCAUCACUGGUGGCGCUUCCGGGCUCGGGUUGCUGAUUGCUGAGGUCUAUGGUAUGCGCGGCGCGACGGUUGCCGUGCUGGACGUGGAGGAGAUGGAGAAUGGGGAGGCAAGGGGGGUGACGUAUUACAAGUGUGAUGUUGGCGACAAGGAGCAGAUCGCAAAGGUUGCCGAGAAGAUUGAGCGCGAGCUCGGCCCCCCUACAAUCCUGAUCAACAACGCAGCCGUGGUCCUCGGCAAACCCCUCUUGUCCCUCUCUCUCCCCGAAAUCGACCGUUCCCUCACCACCAACCUCCUCUCCCACUUUUACACUAUCAAGACCUUCCUCCCGGGCAUGACGCGCUCCGAGACCGGCGGAACGAUUGUGACAAUCUCGUCCGUCAUUGGCACCCUCGGCGCCGCGCAGCUGACGGAUUACGCCGCCGCCAAAGCUGGCGUCACCGCUCUUCACAAGUCUCUCUCGGCGGAACUGAAGGAAUCACACCCCGAGAUUAGAACGGUGCUUGUCACCCCGGGGCAGCUCUCCACGCCUUUGUUUGCUGGGGUGAAGACACCCAACGCGUUCUUGGCCCCGGUGGUGGAGCCGGUUGAUGUGGCGAAGGAGGUGAUCAAGGCGAUUGACAACGGGCAGAAUGCGAGCAUUGGGAUGCCGCUUUAUGCGAGGUGGGUUGAUUGGUAUAAUGUGCUGCCUGUGGGUGUGCAGAAAGUAGUAAGGGGGUUGGCCGGGGUGGAUAGGGGGAUGAGGACUUUUCAGGGAAGGGCAGGGUCGGGGUUGGGGAGGAAGGGGAAGCUUGAGGCUUUUUAA